AUGUCCAGCGACACAUUAGAUGCGACCAAGCGGGCGCGCACAUCAUCGCCUGAUGCUGGCCCAGCUCCAAAAAAGCAGGCCACAGAAGGCGCAGCUCCCGUGGCUUCGACCGACGAGUCCGCCUCGGCAGCUUCGGCAGCUUCAGCAAUUGCAGCUCCAGACCUCGGCCUGAAGACUGAUGCGAGCGCCGAAGAAGUCGCCGUCGCACUCAGCAUUCCCGAAGUACCUACGGCAGGUGGAUCUGGAGCGAAGCCACCGCGCGUGGACAGCAGAGAUACGAGGAAGGGGGAGGGAACCAAACGUUUGCCUAAGAAGCGGGUUGCUCUGCUCAUUGGAUACUGUGGGACCGGAUACUCUGGGAUGCAGAUCCAGCCAAAAGAGGCCACGACAAUCGAAGGAGACGUCUUCGACGCACUGGUCAAAGCCGGCGCCAUCUCAGCCGACAAUGCAACAGAUCACCGCAAGGUGGAUGUCCAGCGAUCAGCCCGGACAGACGCAGGUGUACAUGCCAAUGGGAACGUGAUCUCGCUGAAGAUGAUCGUUGAGCCACCGCUGCCUGAAGGCGUCAAGACCCUGACAGAGCACGUCAACUCAUUCUUGCCAGACCAGAUCCGGAUGUGGGGUUUCGUUCGCACUAUGAACUCUUUCCAGGCGAGGACCGCCUGUGACUCCCGGAUAUACGAAUAUCUCCUCCCCUCCUACUGCCUCCUCCCGCCAAAAUCGAAAGACUCCAUCUGCGUCCGGCUGAACCAGUCCUCUCCAGGCUGGCGAGAUGGCCUGGGAUCUGCUGCUGAAUUUGCGGAUGCGGGACAGGACGAGGAGGCUGUCGACGCGGAGACCUUGACACCGGCGAAGAAGGGGGAGUAUGAACGAAGGCGGGGCUGGAGAGUUGAUGAGGGCACGUUGGCGCGGUUCAGGGAGCUAGUGAAGCAGUUUCAAGGGACACAUAAUUUCCACAACUAUACUGUCGGCAAGCCGUUUAAUGAUAAGACGGUCAAACGGUACAUGAUCAGCUUAGAGGUGCGGGAACCAAAGGUCUACGGCGAGAUUGAAUGGAUCAGCGUACGGAUACACGGCCAGAGCUUCAUGCUGCAUCAAAUCCGCAAAAUGAUGUCCCUCGCCAUGCUCGCUUGCCGCACCAACUCGCCCCCGUCCCUUAUCGCCGAAACAUUCGGGCCAAAACGGAUCCAUGUCCCCAAAGCUCCGCCCCUCGGCCUCCUCCUCCAACAACCACAAUUCAAGUCCUACAACGAGCGGAUCAAGCAAAAGAUUGGCGGGAUGCAGGAAGACCGCGAUCCGGUCGACUUUACGGUAUAUGCGGAGCUCAUGGAGACGUUCAAGGUCAAGUGGAUCUAUGAGCGAUUGAGGCAGGACGAGCUCGAGACGAAUAUCUUCCAAAAGUGGAUUCGGCAGGUCGACUGCUCUUCUAGUCCGGCGUUCUCGUUCCUCAAUUCUCAAGGGAUCAUCCCGCCAGAAGCCGCUGUCUCGACUGGGAAGAAGGACAAGAGCAAGGAUACAUCCGGCACUGCUCCGGCAGGGGACGAUGGGGUUGACAGCGACGAAGAAGAGGUGGAUGCGGAGGCUCUGAGGAAGGGAGAACUGGAAGGAUAG